AUGGCUCCUGAUAACUUGGACCCCUACUUGCAGUUUCCUGACGGAAACGAUCUAGGAGACUUUGGAGACGAGGAUUUUCUCCAACUCCUCGCAGGCAACGAAGUUGGACCGAUCCCACCCAACAACGAUGACUUCGGUGUGAACUUGAACCCCGUGGACAACCAGCCCAUGCCCAACCCGAUGGGCGGAGAAGUCGCACAGUUGCCAUUGAACGAAGUCGUUGGAGACGCCCCGAUGAACGAAGCUGCCGGACAGAUCCCAGUCGACGGGGAAUUUGCACCGCACCCAACUGAAACCAUCGUCCAAAUGGACAACGUCAUGGCCGGUGUUGUUGGAACAGAGCUGCAUGAUCCGUAUUGGAAAAUCCUCGACAGCAUCUAUUACUUCAUUCGGAAUCACAGAUGGGCAUCCAUUCCCAAUGUCCAGGGCAAAUUUCGUUCUCGCGCCUCAGUCCAAGCAUCCCAUCGAGCCGUCGGAGCCCCGCCGCCAUACGUCCCAGCCAACUGGGCCGCCUACGAGGCAAUGACAUCUGCCCCAGGAAACGAGGAUAUCGGACAGCUCUUCAGAAACCACCUUCUGUUUGCCUUUGACGCCUUCAGAUGGGCCGUGUUCAUGGAGAGAUUUGGUGCUCUGGAGGUCAGUUACGGCAACAUCGGGCAGACAAGACCAAUCAUUGCUACCCUCCACCCAAAGCUCGCCGUCCACGAGAAGCAAGGAAUUGACUGGGACGCUCACAAGCAAGAGCACGGCGACGUGGACCAGCAUUUUGAAGAGCUUUCGAUCAAGAACGAGCCCGAGUCCCUUGCGGCACAAGAGUGGAAGAGAAGGCAGAAGGCCUAUCAAGUUCGUACGAAGUACGGCUUCUCACAGGGCAGCUUUGCCGAUGCUCCGAGGACUCAGGAGCAAGAGCAGGAGGUCGUUAGCGAGCUGGUUGUCGCGAUGUUGAACGACCACGAUAUUGUCGACAAGGAACAGCACAAAGGUGGUAGAGAGAACCAUGUGCUGAAAGAGAAAAAGCACAUGUCGCUGUUGAAUGUAGAGUCCAGUGCUUGGGAGGCUCUGCGCGCCCUCCAGGACGUUUCACUGGGGAUGCCGAAUGCCGGCGUUUUCAGUCUGGAUUUUGUAUUCAAACCUUACGACAGCUUCGGGGCCCGUUUGGCGGACUUGAAGACGUUCUUUCAUUCCUCCAAAGCGGCGCUGACGAGUACAACAGAGAGCUCCAAGCUCACUCGUUUUGCCGGCAGACCUUCGGCUGAACUCAGUUCCAAACGUAUCAACAAGACUGGCGCUGAGAGAAAAGCGGCGGAUCUAACAAUUGCCAGUGAAGUCAGAAGGAACAUGGCAGCGGCAGCGCAGCCACAAAAUACCGCGUAUGAGGCCAGCGAGCAGGUGUGGGCAGAGGACUCCAUGUCCGAGCUGGACCACGAAGUGGACGCCGAGGAUGACCAAACUCUCUAUGGUAAUGAUGCCCAGGGUGGUGCGCUGGCCACGGUCGAUGAAGCCACUGUCGAUGACAACACGACGUAUCCUGGCCGUAUGCUGAGCAGGUAUAUUCGGCGGCCUUUCGUUUCCGGCGGCUUCGAAGCCAACUUGACUUCUCAUGGCAAGGCGGGUAUUGACUGGCAGGGCAAGAAGCAUGGAUCUGUUAGCAAGUGUAUCAUCGACCAGAGGGAAUUUCAUUAUCGUACACGGAAUGAUGACGUCGAGGUCAUCAGGAGGUUCGUUUGUCCAGAGCAGAGCAAGAAGCUACGUUCCAGGAGCGCCGAAAGCGGUAAGGGAUCCUCGAUGUUCAUGGUCUGGUGCCUGACGGACGAUGGACAGCCGCCUCGAGCACCCACACACAAGAGAUGUACCACAUCAUCAUGCUUCUUGUUCAUUUCCACCAUCACUCUUGACUUGUUUCAGCAGUCACUCACCUCUGGACUCACGUCAUCCUCUUCUCCUCGUUUUGGUCCCCGUAACCUAACUCUACCUCUUGCGCAACAUCCAUCCAUCCAUCCUCUGGCCGCUGUUCCUCCCGGUUCCGGCGCCCCAUCUCCCCCUACUUCUCGCCCUCUUCCUCUCCGCCGUACACGGCAAGCCAACAUCCGCACAACGAAACGCAACGGCGGCGAUCAGGGGUCGAGACAUCCUCGGAAUGUACGAACCACGACUUGGCCCUCUGAGUCUCGGUCUUUCUCUGGCCGCGCUACUGCGCCAGUCGAGAGAAGAACCACCGGAUGGUGGUUCUGGGGUAUCCUCAUAAUCGCCGUCGUUCGUCGCCGUGAAGAGAGCGAAGUUAAGCGUCCGUGGUGGGGGUCAACACUGGACAACCUGGAUCAAGUUUGA